AUGGCAGUAGUGGUAGUCAAUUCUGCAACCGCCUCACUUUUGGCGGUGUGUUUGGUCUUCAUGGCUGUUGGGCUCUGCACGGGCCAAAUUGUCGAUGUCAAAUUUCCCAGCUGCAGGUGCGAGCGAGAGCUUACACCCUUCGCCAUCAAGUCGGCAGCCACUCAGCUGACAUCUCGCAAUCCCGGCGUGGUCAACUUGUACUGCUUUGAGAUCGGCAUCGUAAACUCUGGAUCCGGCGCAUGCUACACAGAACCCGCUUCCCAGAACUUAUCCAAGGUAUCCGUCUACGCUCAGGCCGCCCAGCGCGACCGUCUAUCGGCCUUUGGGGUCCUCCUGGCUGGUGCGCCUGUCAGCAACAUGACCUAUCUCACUCCCAGAUGGGACUCACUGAACAUGACCACCAUCAGCAACCUUAACUUCAGCAAGACGCAGGCGAAUGGUACCAGGAUCUGUCUUGAGCUGUUCAAGCCUACCACCAUCAACGAGUUUUGCGAACGAGAGGGCGCGUCAGGAUCGUUCUGCUGGGUUGCCCUGUUUAAUGACAACAACUGUGUACCGCCUAACUCAACCGUGGUGAUCUCUAAGCGCCUGUGCUGCCCAAGAUUUCAGUCUAUCCUGUCCCCGUGA